GCGGAUGUUAUAUUAUCAAAAAAAUAUGACUUAUACACAAAGGUAUCUACAAUUCAACAACGUGAAUGGGGUCAUAUGUGGGAGAACUAACUAAUUAAUAUUCUGUUCCUUUCACUGUCAACACAAGUCAACACUCUAAAAGGUAAAAGCCAUCACACAAUAUAGUAACAGUCUUAUUAUCUAACGAGAAGGCUUCUGAUUGGACUCCCAGCAUUCCCGGAGAAACUCCAAGUCCCAGAGUUCACCAGUGAAGGAAAAAAAAAACCCCAACCAAAUCAACAUGGCAGCGGCGUCCGGCGACAUGCGCGCAGCCAUGGAGCGCUCGGUUCGGGAGCGGGUCCCCCCGCUGCUCACCGACCUGUACCAGUUCACCAUGGCGUACGCGUACUGGCGGACCGAGCGGCACCAGGAGCCCGCCGUGUUCGAGCUCUUCUUCCGGGACAACCCGUUCGGCGGCGGCUUUUCGCUGUUCGCGGGGCUGCACGACUGUCUGCUGUUCCUGCGAACAUUCCGCUUCACGGACCAAGAUGUGGAGUUCCUGCGCUCCGUCCUGCCCCCUGCCACCGAGCCGGCCUUCUUCCAGUUCCUGCGAGGCCUCGACUGCUCCGGCGUCACCCUCCGCGCCGUCCCGGAGGGCACUGUGGUGUUUGCCAGGGUGCCUCUGAUGGAGGUGUCAGGUCCGUUAGCUGUGGUUCAACUGCUGGAGACCAGUUUGCUGUGCCUGGUCAACUAUGCCAGUCUGGUGUGCAGUAACGCUGCCCGUUUCCGCCUGGCGGCCGGCCCCAGGAGGAAGCUGCUGGAGAUGGGCCUCAGGAGGGCCCAGGGCCCGGAUGGAGGCCUCACCGCCUCACGCUACACACACGUUGGAGGGUUUGAUCUCACCAGUAACGUUCAGGCGGGUUUCCUGUAUGGGAUCCCGGUCGCAGGGACCAUGGCGCACUCGUACGUCACUUCCUUUUCCUCCCUGGAGGAGGUCCGGCCACAAACUCUUGUGGCGCGGAACGGGGACCCUGAUCCAGUGGACAUCAUUUCGUUGACGAAGGGCUGGUUGAGGCGUGUGUGUGAGCUUCUGGGAGGGGAUCCGGGGAAGAUCAGCGAGGGCGAGUUGGCGGCCUUUCUGUCCUACGCCAUUGCCUACCCUCAGAACUUCCUGCCCGUGAUUGACAGCUACAGUGUUGGCUGUAGUGGCCUGUUAAACUUCUGCGCCGUGGCCCUGGCGCUGUGCGACCUGGACUUCAGGCCUGUAGGAGUUCGCCUGGACAGCGGGGACCUCUGCAGGCAGUCGGUCGAAGUCCGCCGCGUCUUCAGACUGUGCAGCGAGCACUUCUCCGUCUCCACCUUCGACUCGCUGAUCAUCGUUGGGACCAAUAACAUCACGGAGCAAAGCAUGGUGGAGCUCAACAAGAAGGAGAAUGAGAUCGAUGUGGUUGGAGUUGGAACACAUCUGGUCACCUGCACACGGCAGCCCUCGCUGGGCUGUGUGUAUAAGCUAGUGGAGGUGAGGGGGAGACCCAGGAUGAAGAUCAGCGAGGACCCUGAGAAAAGCACCGUCCCCGGGAGGAAAGCUGUCUACAGGCUAGUAGACGCUGAGGGCCAUCCUUUUCUGGACCUGGUGUGUCUCGCUGUGGAGUCUCCUCCGGAGGCAGGAGUCUCUCUGAGCUGUUACCCUCUGAUGUGUGAUAACGCCAGAGUCUCAGUCAUUCCAGCUCAGGUCACCUGUCUGCGCCAGGAGGUGUUCACCAAAGGACGGGUCACACACCCUGUGAGCAGCGCUGCAGAAACCAGAGUGAAGGUCCAGAGUUCCCUCCAGACUCUGAACCCUCGACACAAGCGGCUGCAGGAGCCAGACUCCUACGGAGUGGCGCUGUCUGAGAAACUCCAUCACCUGGUCACAGAGAUCCGAAAAGGAAGCUCCAACAACAGCCACUUUCUACUGCCUAACUGACUCUAUCCGUCUUUUUAGUCUUUUUGUCGACGCUCUUUUCCAAAGUGCCUCACAGGGAGAGAAGUGCAUACGUUUGUAGUCCGUGUUCCCGAUGAACUGCACCAUGACUCUGACAACAAUGGAAUACACAAAUACAAAUGUGUGGCACAGCUAAUGUCUGCACACCCGGGACAUUACACACAACCAUUCUGCACAACCGUUGAGCAGAACUUGACUUUGUACUUUUGAAAAGUCCAGAGUGGACCGAUGGAAGCAAAUGAAAAUACAGCAUCUGGACUCUAUGGACCGUUUUUCUGCUGGAAACUGUGGUUGGAUGUAUUCAACCAGAAACUGGAAAGCAAUUUUAAUAUAUGGAUAAUAAAAAGGUGGAGCACAAUUUGUAACACUUCCUACAUUAAGACCAUGGCAGAAUCAGAAGAAGUUAUCAAACUGCCUGAAAUUCACUAAAAAAGUAGCCAACUGCAACCUCUUACUUGGGCCUUAUACUGUAGAUUAAAAAAAAACAAUGGUUUAUAAUAAUUCUGAUCUUAAAGAUGCAGUUAUUAAGAAUUACAACAGAACACUGGUAGUAAGUAGACCUGGAGUCAAGACUCAUUUUCAAACAUUAGUAAUGUCUGACUGUUGGCAUGAGAAAGGAUUAUAGAUCUUUAAUAAUAGAUUGAUUGGUUAAAACAGACCAAAUAGUAACCAUGGCGGCACACUAGCAGCUGAAGAGAGUUUUUUUUUUUUUCUCUGAAUUUGGUGGAGACCAUAAUCAGAGGUAAAAGUAGAGCGAAUAUCUGAGUAACGAUACACAUCUAGGAGGUUGUUUGCGGUGGGACCAAACAUGAAUUAUUGCAAUUUAGAUUUCUGCUACUUAUGCGCGGUCAAUCUCUCCAGAACACCUCGGGCGGCUUUCCACUACCCCUCCUGGCCCGAAUCAAAGAAUCAGCUCGGUGCAGCUUACAAAUCAAAACGGAUCUAAUGAAUAAAAGAUGUUGCAAUCGCGCUAUGUACAGUGUAAGAGAAUCUCCCUUUUUAAUAUACGACCAACAAAGAUGGUUCUCCUGAAACUUUUGCAUCUCAGCAUUAGAUGCCUAAAGAGAACUACCCACAAUUAAUAGUAUUAGGGUAAAAUAAUGUGGUAAAAAGCAGUGUAAGCAAGGAGGCGUAAAAUAAGGUAAACCAAGAGGACGGCACACAUUUGUUCAGACAUAUUGAAAUGUAUACAUUCCAAACGUUACAAAUUAAUGAUGAAGAAAAAAAAGUAACAAAUGAAUUCAGGCUUUAUAUCUAAAAUAUUCAAUUUUCUCAUCGAAGCAAUUCUGGCAAAAAAAAAUAAUAAAUGACCUCCACGAGGAAAGGGGUUGAAAACCUGAAAACUAAAUCAUAUUUCUUGCCGAUGUCACGGGGACGGGACAUGUGGCAUCCAUUCAUAUUUACCAUUUAAGGCCCUUACAGACUCUCACACUCAACCAUUAACAGGUGGCGUCAGUUGAGUCCCCCGAGGGGUCAGAGUUCAUGGUUCAGGGGGGGAUAUUGAGUUUGGGGUUUCCCUGAGUUUGGAUUGUCUGCCUGCUGACGAGUGGUGGCAGACAUGCAGAUACACCCAUCACACAUGUGCACAU